CCCGCCCUUUCCUGGGACAGGGACCAUCCCCACCAGCGGCAGCGACGGCGGCGCCCCCGGCGUCUUUCCCUUCUCCCCCGGUGCUCCUUCCUGACGGGCCUUCUUCUGAGGAAAGAGGAGGGAUGGCGGCGGUCGCCCCGACCCAGCUGGAAGCCGAGCUGUACUACCUGAUUGCCCGCUUUCUCCAGUCUGGACCGUGCAAGCAAUCUGCCCAGGUGCUGGUGGAGGAGCUGGAAGAACACCAGUUGAUCCCAAGGCGCCUGGAUUGGCAAGGCAAAGAGCAUCGAAGAAGUUUUGAGGAUUUGGUGGCAGCCAAUGCUCACAUUCCUCCAGACUAUCUUCUAAAAAUCUGUGAACGCAUUGGACCUUUAUUGGAUAAGGAGAUCCCACAGAGUGUGCUUGGGGUGCAGACUUUGCUGGGAGUGGGACGGCAGUCAUUACUAAGGGCAGCCAAAGACUGUAGGUACACACCUUGGAAAGUAUCAGCAUUUGCAGCUCUCCACAGAGGAAGGCCCCCUGAACUACCUUCAAACUAUUCAAAACCACCAAAUGUGGUAAAUAUAAUCAGUGCCAAGCAAACAACAGGAUAUGGGCGUUUCAGCCAUUUGUUCCCCUCGUCUUUCUACCAGCACAUCAAGAUGCACAAGAGAAUUCUUGGGCAUCUAUCCUCUGUGUAUUGUGUAGCCUUUGAUCGCACUGGGAGGCGAAUUUUCACAGGUUCGGAUGAUUGCUUGGUGAAAAUUUGGGCUACAGAUAAUGGACGUUUGCUCUCAACACUCAGAGGACAUUCGGCUGAAAUAUCUGACAUGGCUGUUAAUUAUGAAAACACCCUCCUUGCUGCAGGCAGCUGUGACAAAGUAGUCAGAGUAUGGUGUCUUCGAACCUGUGCACCAGUUGCAGUGCUGCUUGGCCACACAGCUUCAAUAACAUCUAUACAGUUUUCUCCAGCAAGAAAAGGAACAACUCGAUACCUCACUUCUACAGGUGCUGAUGGAACUAUCUGCUUCUGGCAAUGGCAUUCAGAUACAAUGAAAUUCAAGGAUCGUCCAAUCAAAUUUGCUGAGAGGUCAAGGCCUGGUGUUCAGAUAUCUUGUUCUUCUUUCAGCUCUGGUGGUAUGUUUGUUGCAACAGGGAGCACUGACCAUGUGAUAAGAAUAUAUUACUUGGGUUCUGAGUCUCCAGAAAAAACUGCUCAGUUAGAAUCUCAUACGGACAAAGUAGUUGCUGUUCAGUUCUGCAACAGUGGAGGCAGACUAAGAUUUGUCAGUGGAAGCAGAGAUGGAACAGCCAGAAUCUGGCAAUAUCAGCAGCAAGAAUGGAAGAGUAUAGUGUUGGAGAUGGCGACUAAGAUGACUGGAAAUAGCCAAGUGUCUGGGGAAGACAAGGUAUCCAAGUUGAAGGUGACUAUGGUAGCUUGGGAUCGUUAUGAUACUACUGUUAUUACAGCAGUCAACAAUUUCCUUUUGAAAGUGUGGAACUCUUCUACUGGGCAGCUUCUUCACAACCUAACUGGCCAUGAUGAUGAAGUGUUUGUUUUGGAAGCUCACCCAUUUGACCAAAGGAUCAUGCUUUCUGCAGGCCAUGAUGGGAAUAUUUUCAUUUGGGACCUUGAGAAAGGAGCAAAAAUGCGCAAUUACUUCAACAUGAUUGAGGGCCAAGGCCAUGGUGCAGUGUUUGACUGUAAAUUCUCCCCUGAUGGUCAGAACUUUGCCUGUACAGAUUCCCAUGGACACCUACUAUUGUUUGGAUUCGGGUGCAAUAAGAAUUAUGAAAAGAUCCCAGACCAGAUGUUCUUCCACACAGAUUUCCGCCCUCUGAUCCGAGAUGCGAAUAACUAUGUCCUAGAUGAACAAACUCAACAGGCCCCACAUCUCAUGCCUCCCCCAUUCUUGGUUGAUGUGGAUGGAAAUCCUCACCCCACAAAAUACCAGCGACUGGUGCCAGGGCGGGAAAAUUGUAACGAUGAGCAACUCAUUCCUCAGCUGGGAUAUGUGGCAAACGGUGAUGGUGAAGUUGUGGAGCAGGUGAUUGGGCAGCAAACUAAUGACCAAGAAGAGAGCAUCCUUGAUGGAAUCAUCAGGGAGCUACAACGAGAGCAAGAUCAGAGAAGACUUAAUGGAAGUGAAGCUACUCCAAAUCUUUUGCAGAACAGAUUACAGCCUGCUAAUACUUUGAGAAGUCCAAGUUUGGAUAUAGCUUCCCCCCCAAAUGUUGGGCUCAGACGGAGUGGUCAGAUUGAAGGUGUUCGGCAGAUGCACCACAACGCUCCUAGAAGCCAGAUGGCCACGGAGAGGGAUCUCAUGGCAUGGAGUAGGAGAGUGGUGGUGAAUGAGCUGCAUCCUGGGGUUAGCAGAGUUCAAGAGGAAUGCCGAGCUGCAAAAGGCGAAUUAGAAAUUCAUCUGUAUACUCUUGAAAAGAAGAGAAAGCCUUCCUAUACUUUACAAAGGUGUGAUUAUCAACCUGGCAGUGGGCGAUCUUUGCGAAGAAACCAACGCAAGCGUCAGCAUGCUUACCAAACACGCUCCACCUUUGAUCAUCAUUCACAAGGUGUAAGAAGAAGCUCACAUACUCAGGAAGACUCUGAAAGCUCUUCUGAGGAAGAUGACACAGGUGGCACAAGUGAUGCAUCUGUGGAUGACAACGUCGCUGCAUGGCAAAGUGAAAGCAGCUCUAGUGAUUCAUCCAGUGAAUAUUCUGACUGGACUGCAGAUGCCGGAAUAAACCUUCAACCUCCGAAAAGACAAACAAGACAGGCAACUCGCAAAAUGUGUAGCAGUUCUGAAGAUGAAAAUAUGAAAGAUAUGAAGGGACAGGAAGAAAAACGCAAAAAACCCAAACAAACAAGGAAAAAGAAACCUAGUGGACGGCUUUCGAUGGAUGGUGAACCCACUGAAGAAUGGUUUGCUCCACAUUGGAUACUGGAUACCAUACCGCGGCGUUCUCCUUUCGUUCCACAAAUGGGGGAUGAGGUAAUCUAUUUCAGGCAAGGGCAUGAAGCAUAUGUGCGUGCCGUUCGAAAGGCAAAGAUCUACAGUGUAAACAUGCAGAAACAACCAUGGAAUAAAAUGGAACUCAGGGAACAAGAAUUUGUGAAGAUUGUGGGAAUUAAGUAUGAAGUUGGACCACCUACACUUUGCUGCUUGAAGCUUGCUUUUCUUUAUCCAACCUCAGGCAAAAUGACUGGUGAAUCAUUUUCCAUUAAGUACCAUGAUAUGCCAGAUGUUAUUGAUUUCCUUGUACUGCAUCAGUUUUACAAUGAAGCCAAAGAAAGGAACUGGCAGAUUGGAGAUAGAUUCCGCAGCAUAAUAGAUGAUGCAUGGUGGUUUGGAACGGUAGAGAGUCAGCAACCAUUCCAGUCCGAUUAUCCUGAUAGUUCCUUCCAGUGCUACAGUGUUCACUGGGACAAUAAUGAAAGAGAAAAGAUGAGCCCCUGGGACAUGGAGCCAAUUCCAGAAGGAACUGCUUAUCCGGAGGAGGUUGGGGCUGGCGUUCCUGUGACAACAGAGGAGCUGGCAUCUUUGCUGUACAAACCACAGGAAGGUGAAUGGGGAUCCCAUUCCCGAGAUGAAGAAUGUGUGCGGGUACUUCGCGGUAUUGAUCAACUUCUAUCCUUAGAUAUAUCCAACCCUUUUGCUGUCCCAGUGGACCUUAGUGCCUAUCCUCUAUAUUGCACUGUUGUUGCUUACCCAACUGACCUCACCACAAUAAGAAGAAGACUUGAAAACAGAUUUUACAGGAGAAUAUCAGCGCUAAUGUGGGAGGUACGAUAUAUUGAACAUAACGCUAGGACUUUCAAUGAGCCCGAUAGUCCUAUAGUUAAAGCAGCCAAAAUAGUAACAGAUGUCUUACUUCACUACAUUGGGGAUCAGAGUUGCACAGAUAUUCUGGAGAUGUAUAACAAAGUGAAAGCCGAAGACCUGAGUAGCGCAAAUGAAGAAGAGGUGACAGAAACGUAUGCUGAUUCAGAUGGUCCAGGAACCUCAUCUGGGAAAAGAACUGUUCAGAUAAAGCAGCAGAUAAAAAAGCAGCCUUCCAAGCCACGUGCUGAUGCCUGGAAAGAUAAGUGCAAACAGCUGUUAAGCCUCAUCUAUGAACGUGAAGAUUCUGAGCCAUUCCGACAACCUGUUGAUCUCUUUUCUUACCCUGAUUAUCGUGAUAUAGUGGACACUCCAAUGGACUUCAGCACUGUGAAAGAAACUUUGGAAGUAGGAAAUUAUAUGAACCCCCUUGAGUUCUACAAAGAUGUUCGUCUGAUAUUCUGCAACUCCAAAGCAUACACUCCUAAUAAGAAAUCAAGGAUCUACAGUAUGACACUCAGACUAUCUGCCUUAUUUGAAAAUCAUAUUAAAACUAUAAUUUCUGAAUACAAGUCAGCAGUGCAAUAUCAGAAGAGGCGAAGGCCACGGCUACGGUACCGGAAACAACUGCAGAGCAGCAGCAGUUCUUCCUCUAGCAGCAGGUCACCCAGCCCCAAAGGAAAACAAAAGCAACCGAUGCAGCCUAAAACAAACCUGAAUACCUCACUGCCUUUAACUAGGACUAAUUCUUCAGUUUCAUCUCAUGAUACUACUGAGGAACCACCUGGCUCUGCUGUUGCUACUGAAGAGAUGGACAGUCAUCCUUCUUCAUCUGGCUCAAACACCCAAAAUCAUAGCGGAAAUGAUGCUGAAUCAGGGAAAAAUAGGCUAGUUAGAAAUAAAUCCACACCAGUUACAGAAGAUCAGCCUUCUGUUAAGCCCCUGACAAAUGGUGAUGGGAGAGAGCCCCGAGCAACAGUCAAGCGGAAGCUCUCAAGUGCAUCAGAAGAGGAUGAACCCAUUGGUGAAAAGAAGAAGAGAGAAGAAAAAGAAAAGCCAGGUUUAUCCUCCUCAGAAAGUGGAGAUUCACGAUCAAGCUCAAGUUCUGAAAGUGGAUGUGGCUCUGAUUCUGACUCUGAAUCAAGCUCUAGAACAGAUCAGGACUACAUAGAUGGAGACCAUGACUACAGCAAAUCUGUGCAAGUGAAACCGAAAAGAAAAAUCCGAAGGAACAUCUCCAGUGGGCAGAGAAAUUGGCAGGGUAGAGGGACAGGAAAGAGAGGGAGAUGGGGCCGAUGGGGUAGGUGGAGCAGAGGGGGGCGAGGCAGCCGGAGGGGAAGAGGCUGUAGCAGAGGAAGAAGAGGAGGCAGAGGAGGAAGAAGAGGGAGAGGGAGAGGAGCCUCCAGAGCCAAGCGCCCACGAAUUGCUGAUGAUGAAUUUGAGAACCUUUUGGGGGGACGCUUCAGUGAGAACACAUUUGGUGGGCGGUUCAGCAGGCCACCUCGGAUUAAAACUAGGAAUGAGGGCAGGCGAACCGUUUUAUAUAAUGACGAUUCAGACAAUGACACUUUUGUGCACACUGAGGAUCCCCUGAACCUUGGUACUUCCAGGUCAGGCAGGGUGCGGAAAAUGACAGAAAAGGCCAGGGUCAGCCAUCUCAUGGGAUGGAAUUAUUGACAAAUGGGAAACUGGAAGUGAACAAUGGUGUUUGACGAUCUAAGGCCUUCUACUGCAGGGAUUUUUGCCAGAAAAUCUACAACGCAAAUUGUGUGGGGACUCUGCUCACAUUUUUCUGUGGUGCUUUUUCCAUUUUGCCCAUAUGUAUGUUCAAAGACUUCUGAUUGCCACAUGUCCUUGGCCAAAAGAAGCCUUGCCCAUUCAUUCUACAUCUGCAGAAAUACUUUCCCACACUACACUUUGAGUUUGUCACAGGAGGACUGUGGCAAUGGAAUCAUGAUUUUGAUGUCUCCCCUUGUUUUUCUUUUUUCUUUUUUGUGCAUUAUAGAAACAGCACCUUCUUACAGCGAUUUUGAAUUGUCUGCCAUAAAUUCCUUACAUUCAGUAAUAACUUUUGCACAAUUCACCAAUCUUAAAGGCAGCUAUAAAAUGUUUACAAUUUCUCUAUUGUGCACAGAAUAUGAAUAAUUUCAAUCUUUCCAAGCCAAACUUUCAUGAAGUAUGUUCAUACUUUGGUAUCUCGGUAUGUUUUUCUCGUUGGUUCUUAAUUCAUGUUCUAAAAAUGAGAGGAUGAAAGAGGGUUGGGUGGGGCUUGGUGCCUUGUAAAUACGUAGCAAACUUUUGACAUGCAUUAACUGAUGCAUGCAUUAAUAAUAUUCUACAAUGAGAUACUUGAGAACUAUGAAUAUCUAGACACACAGGUGCCAAAUGCAAAAGUUAACUUGCUUCUAUAUUCGUUCUGAUGCCCUCAUAUUGUUAUAGCAUUAAUUGAGACUGUCAAUAAGGUGUUAACAGCAUUGAUAUUUUUUCUCCUUCGCAGCCACUGUUUUUCUAGUAGCUUAGCUGCCUCCGGACUUGCAAAUAAUAGAAACGUUACAGAGAGAAUUCAUUUCAUUUUCUUCAUUUAUGGGGUUGUUGUAGGUUGCUUGGCAUUAGCACAGUCCGUCAUUAUACAACAAAAUAGCCAUUAGUCAGGUUUCAACCUGACAUUCAUACUCUCGAUGCUUUACAUGUUUUAAUUUUAUUCUUGCAACUAUAACAUAAUUUUUUUAUGCUAUAGUAACUUUGCCGACUCACUUAGUAUGGACAACCAUCUCAGUCUUCCCGGGGCAGGGAAUCAUACACCCUUGAUUAAGAGAUUGCUAAUUGGCAAAGGAGCUCCAGGCCACUGAGCUCCCCCCGGCUUCCCCAUUUACUUUGGCGGAAGGGCAUGAUUGGCUCACUUUUAUUUUUUUGAGCGUGCUAAUCAGCACCUUCUGUUGAAGUGGACACAGCACCACAAAUGCAGAACAUCUGUGUGUGAAUUCUGGCAUGUAUGGAUUUCUCAUUGGGUAUGAUGCCAUCUGGUUUGAUACUGAGAAAUAAUUUGCACAGGGCUCUUCUUGUAACAGUGUUGAACAGUGCAUCAGUGUAAGGGAAAUCUAGGCUUGGGGAACCAUGUUUGUCCCUCAUCACUGUAGCAAGUGAAUUUCAGAAAUGUGCUCCCCCCCCACUCUUGAAUAAGAGUUUCAUUUUUCUAUUUUGUGUAAUUCACCAUCUCAGAGAUAAAAUAGAAGGGUUGACAGAACAUAUGAAAGAGAAACAGGAAGCCAAAUAAAAUAAUGAGUGAAAUUUCAUAACAUUAUUUCUAUCUAGCCUACAAGCAAUUCUUUCGCUAGGCACACUUGGUCAGUAACAUUGCUGGAUCUCCAGAGAAUUACAGUAUAAUUAUUUUUAUAUAACACGUGUAAGAAAAUACAUAUAUACACAUGCAUACAAAAGUGGCUGUGGAUCAUCUAGCGUAAAAAAACAGAUAGGAAGGCAUUUGCCAAUUAGGGCAAUAAUAGAAGAAUUAUGUUAUUGAGUUAUGUGAUAUAGAAACCAAGCGUUUAUUUAUAUACACACUGGAUACAAAUCCAGGAGUCAGGUAUGGCGCACAGUUGUCCCGAUUCAGAUCCUUUCUGCCCAUGAAAGCCUGGAAGUGUUCCUGGAGCAUCAUUUUCUCAAAACUGCUUUGAUCCUGUGCGUCUGCUCCCUCCAGUGAAAUUAGUGGGACAAUCCUUUAAUACAGCAGCUCCCUGUUUGCUUCUGAGAGUGCGCAGGCUGUGCCUCAGGAUGUGCAAGUAUAGAAUCUUUUAGUUCAGUGUAGUAUUUCAGAUCUACGAGACAGGUUUGUGCUUAAAAGGAAACCUCAAGCAUACCUCCUGCUGUACUAUAUAGACCGGCUAUACUGUCACCAUGGUUGCUUGUAACCACAAUGGGGACAAAUAGUGUUAUUUUAAAGAACUGAAAUCCUGUCCUCAGCGAAGGUAUUCACUGGUUUACAGGUAUUUACUGUGGAGACUUGUGCCCUAAGGAGCAGUGUGUGCUUCGUUGAAACAACAAUUACAAUUUAGGAGAAAUGCCUUCAGUGUUAUCUUUUAUUUAGGACUAAUUAUGUACUGUGAAGAU